AUGGCCGGAGCCGAGCCUCUCGGCCAACCGAUCCCUCGAGGCAGCCGCUGGCUCGUGAACCGCAGGGCGAGCGGGGUGGCGAGAGCUGAGUGUCUAGGGUCGGCGCUGAGGCUGGGGGCAAAAGGUCGGGAGAAGCCGCGAGAACGUGUAGGAGGGAGGGAGAGCGCGGAGGAGCAGCGGCGGAGCUGCAGAGUGGGAGCCCGCCCCGGGGCGCGCCCGGGCCGCCAAGGGUUGAUCGCCUCCGUCGUUCUGGCCACGUUUACGUGUUCUGUCAAAAGGACUCUCAGGGCAGAGUCGGGAAGUGACUACGGCGGCAAGGAUCUGGGGAUUUCUAGAGCUGCGCCUCUCAUGCUGGAAAUGAAGAUUCCCGUUCUCAUCUCUGACCCAGUGAAAUGGCCUGGGGCCUCACAAAAACGCGGGCACCCGGGCUGGCGGUGCACGAAGCCGAGGCUGGCUCUCCACGGCGCCUGCGCGGACCGGCCGAGCCCGGAGAGCCGCCCAACGCCAACGCGGAGCUUCCUCGCUCGUCCACUGGGCGGCGAUAGGAGGACGCGGUUAGCGAAGAGCCGAUUCGAAUCCUCCCUCUGCCCCUCCCGCGGUGAAGGCCGAAUUCGGCUUAGGCAUCAGGAAUUCAGUGCCUCUCUUGGUGGGCUCGCGCCGGCAGAAACAGGUCAUGAUGAAGGCCAGGGCUUGGAAUGGAAUGCCAAGAGGACCAGGCAAGGCUGGAGUCGGAGAGCCCGAGAGAGUCCUGGGCAGGUGUUGAAGCCAGGCAGGACUCAGCUAAGCCAGGACCUAGGCGGGGCCUCACUGGCCAUCGACACACUACCGGACAACAGGACCAGGGUGGUGGAGGACAACCACAACUACUAUGUGUCCCGAAUCUAUGGCCCUGGUGAGCGUCGCAGCCGGGAUCUGUGGGUGGACAUGGCCAUGGCCAACCGGAGCCAUGUGAAAGUCCACAGGAUCCUCUCAAGCUCUCACCGACAGGCUUCAAGAGUGGUCUUGUCCUUUGAUUUCCCUUUCUAUGGGCAUCCUCUGCGGCAGAUCACCAUAGCAACUGGAGGCUUCAUCUUUGUGGGUGAUGUGCUCCACCGGAUGCUCACGGCUACUCAGUACGUGGCACCCCUGAUGGCCAACUUCAACCCUGGCUACUCUGACAACUCCACAGUUGCUUACUUUGACAAUGGGACGGUCUUUGUGGUUCAGUGGGACCAUGUUUACCUCCAGGGCCGGGAGGACAGGGGCAGCUUCACCUUCCAGGCAGCCCUUCACCAAGAUGGCCGCAUUGUCUUUGGCUACAAAGAGAUCCCUAUGGCUGUCCCGGAAAUCAGCUCUGCCCAGCACCCUGUCAAGGCUGGCCUGUCAGAUGCCUUCAUGAUCCUCAAUUCAUCCCCAGAGGUGCCAGAGUCUCGAAGGCGGACCAUUUUCGAAUACCACCGCGUGGAACUGGACUCCGGCAAGAUCACCAACACAUCGGCCGUGGAGUUCACCCCAUUGCCAACCUGCCUCCAGCAUCGGAGCUGCGACACCUGCAUGUCCUCAAACCUGACGUUCAACUGCAGCUGGUGCCAUGUCCUGCAGAGAUGUUCCAGCGGCUUUGACCGCUACCGCCAGGAGUGGCUGGCCUACGGCUGUGCCCAGGAGGCAGAGGGCAGGACGUGUGAGGACUUCCAGGAUGAGGGCCACUACUCAGCCUCCCCUGACAGCUCCUUCGGCCCCUUUGAUGGUGACCAAACCACUUCUUCUUCCCUCUUCAUCGACAACCUCACCACAGAAGAUGACACCAAAUUGAAUCCCUACGCAGGAGGAGAUGGACUUCAAGACAACUUGACCCCAAAGACCAAGGGGCCUCCUGUACACCUGGGCACCAUCGUGGGCAUUGUGCUGGCUGUGCUCCUGGUAGCGGCCAUCAUCCUGGCUGGGAUUUACAUCAGCGGCCACCCUAACUCCAAUGCUGCGCUCUUCUUCAUCGAGCGGAGACCUCACCACUGGCCAGCCAUGAAGUUCCGCAACCACCCCAACCACUCUACCUACACAGAGGUCGAGCCCUCGGGCCAUGAGAAGGAGGGCUUCAUGGAGGCCGAGCAGUGCUGAGAGCACCAGGCCACUGACCUUGGGGAUGGUGUGAAAGCAAGUCACAGCAAAGAGAAGUGAUUUUUUCCUGCCCUCCUCUGAGCUAGCCAUGUGUGGGCCAGGAAGACAACAGCUUAUGGUGCCCAAACCAUAGUUUGGUCCUCACACCCCAGAAAAAAGGGGUGCAGUAAUGCAACCAUGAGGGUUUCUUAAAGGAACACUAACCUCAGAGUUCCCUGUUUGGAUGGGAGGAGGCCCCUUUUUGGGAUCUCUCAAUGGUCUGCACUGUAGCUAUUGAAGAGCCCCUCCCUACUGGAGACAGCCUGAUCACUGAAGCCCCUACUGGGGCUACUACAUUCUAGGGCAAAUAGACUCAAGGGCUGGUCUUCCUAGCUAUGGAGUCAGUGCACCUGGCUCCAAACUCUGUGGCUCUGGAAGCCUGAAGAAGAGAUCCCCUCCAUCCGGGAGCUUUUAUCCCUUGAGACAAACCAAAUGAGAGGAGAGAGAACCUUGGGGAACUUGUGUUUUCUAGCCUUGGUCCUUUGCUUCAUCAUUUCUGCAGAGACCCGGAGCCGACAUCAGAACGCUGCAGCCAGGCUGCACCCUGCCCUGCCCCUCAGCCUCCACCUUGCAAGCCGGUCUUGCAUGG